ACUUUUAUUUGUGAGUAGUGUCUAUGCACUUAAUAUCAAAAUGUGGAAAACGGACUUGACUUCUGUAUUGAUGUCACACCGAUUCGAACUAUGGGCUGUUAUGUCUCCGUGAUUUUAUGUACAUUAAACAAAUAAUAAAAAUGUGAAACGUCACAACCACAAUGAUCGCUCAAACUCUAAGCAUUCUUCUCUAAAUAUGAUAAGCAUAUUGAUAUUGUAUUAAAUGAAAUGCUUCAACAAUUUGUGUAUACAGCACUAUAGUAUGUGUGCAGAAUAGUAUGUUUUAUGUAUCGAAGACUAAACAAGUGUUUUUACACUAUCAUUCUAAUCAUUACCUCAACAAAUCACUUUUCUAAAAUGAUUCCUUGUAUGUUUUUAUGUAUCGAAGACUAAAAAAGCGUUUUUACAAAAUCAUUUUAAUGAAUAACUCACAUCACUUUCCAAUAUGUUCUAUAAAUAAGCAAUUUCUGAUUGGUCAAACUGAUGUUUUUCCUGAUGUGGGUUCAAGCCUCGUCCGGGGCGUUAAAUUCUUCAUGUGAGGAAGCCAUCCAGCUGGCUUAUGGAAGGUUGAUGGUUCUACACAGGUGCCCGCCCGUGGUGAAAUAUUGACGGAGCGGUGUCUUGGGUCUUCCUCCACCAUUAAAAGCUUGGACGUCGCCACAUGACCAAUAAUUGUGUCGAUGUGACGUUAAACCCAGAAAAAAUAUCAUCAUAUAAGUCAUCUUCAGUCAAACUAUGUCUGGUACAAGAGAAGACGAAAAGAGAGGCUUUGCUAAGGCAAAAGACGAGAUUCCUGGUUUUGAAAAUGAUGUCUUUUUGGUAUUCAAAUCAAACACUGCUGACGAGAAGAAAGUUCGUAAAAUCGCUUCUGAACUGAAGAAAAAGAACCUUUCCUGUGAAAGCCAUGAGGCUUUUACUCCUGGGUGUCCAGUUGUCACAAAUAUAGUAAACUGCAUCGAAAACUCAAAGACAACUCUGCUACUGCUCAGCAAGGAAUCAAUAAAUAGUUCAUGGGUGCUUCUGGAAACGAUUCUUGCUCUCGAACAAUCUAAGUGCUCUGACAGAUUGAUUCUUAAAAUAGUACUGGAAGGCGUUUGUGAAAGUGAUGUAAAAUUUCUGAAAAAAGAUCUGCUAGCUUCGGUCCCUCAUUUUCAAUUGGACUUUAGUGAUGACGGCUGGGGUGAUCAACUGGCAACUUAUGUUAAAGAGGAAGUCAAAUUACCGGAUAUUCUACCAGUUGGAAGUUUGGCACACGGACUUGUGUUUUCCCAUUUUAUUGGGUUUUGCAGAUAUGCUCUCCCAGAGCUGAAAAGACAGUUACCCGACAGUGAUGUAUACAAGAGAAACCCUGGCAGGGUAUCUACUAAAUACUACGUACUUAUUCCAAGUUCAUGCAAAACCUUAGACACUCUGCAGAGUGUCGAUAAUGAGAACAACAUUACUAUCAAGGAAGCAUCUUCUUUGAACUUUGAAGUUUCUCACGCCGGAAAGCCUCGAAAGUUCUGCAUUAGAAUCUACAGUAUACAAAAGGAAGGGGAGGAACCUUACUAUUUCUUUGCCGACACACCAAAUGUUUUGAAUGCUAUAUACAGAAUGGAGAACGAAGGACUAGCCAAAGUUGAUAUGAUAUUUCAAGUGGCUCGAUUCUAUCAUACAAUGAAUGAAGUUGUGAACCAUAGCCUCAACCAGCCUUGCAACGACGUUGUGGAAUUAUUACCAUACAAUGACCCGAACGUGUCAAUGCAGAAAAUAUUGCUUGAUGCCAUCAAGCACCAUCUGGAUACAAAUACCACAGUCACUGAAAGAAUUCCACACAGGUUUAUGGAUCCAAAUGAAAAAAGGCAGGAAAACGAUGUUACUAUCCUUUGUCGACCGGAUGUCACAGAAGAUUGUGAAAUAGCAACAAAUAUUGCCGAAUGUCUUAGAGCAAAAGGCAUAUCUGUUUAUGCUGACAUCGGUAUUCAAGGCACAAAUUUUUCAGAAAUGAAUGUUCCGCAAGCCAACUGGUACAUUUUCGUGAUAUCGAAAAGCACGCUCGAAUUCAACAAUCCUCUUGCCUUCAAAUGUAUAGCAUGUUUACAUGAAAGUGUAUGCGAGAACUCCCUUUGUGUGUUGCCGGUUACAGUAAAGGUUAAACCACAUGAAAUACCGGCUUUGAUUAGAUGGGUCACUCUGGUCAGUGCAGAGGAACCAAAUUACCUUGAUGUCAUCUUACAGACUAUACAUGGCAAACCUGUGAAAAUGAAGCACAGAAUUCCGUGCGGAGACGUUGCUACAGGUCUAGCAUGGGCAAACUACAUCAAUUACUUAUCAGUUACAUUGAAACCAGGUUUACAAGACAGGAUUGAAGACGUUUUGAAGAGAGAGAAGAUAGAGUGUUACUGUAUUGAAAAGUUGUUCAUUUUCGUGCCAUGGUCUUGUAAAGCAGAAGAGAAGCUUCAUGAUGCAGCGAAUGACGGGUUGGUGUGAAGUUUACCUACUUACUAUACCGCAAGAAUGUAUUUAUACAGUAGUAUCCAUUCAUAAAUAAUCGCGUUAAUAUCAUGAAACAGUGGUGCAUUUUUGUUAAGAAUUUUUUACUAUAAGGUUAAUGUUACAUAAACAUUACAUAAAAAUAAUUGAAUUAUGUUGAAAUACAGUUCAUUGACUUGUGUCUGUUUAUUUUGAUAAAAUGAAUACAGUUUUAAUGCUUAUAUCCUAACGAAAAGUUUCUAAGAAAGUUAAACUUUUAUUUUCAUUGAAUAAGUGGUCAUUUCUUUUCUAGUUGUCCAGAACCGUUUGUCGAAUAUGUAGGUCGUACAAAGGUAUUGAAAGUGCCAAUGGCAGGCCAGGAUCGAUUGUUCUACUUGCACAUGUACAAAUACACAAAUCCGGAAACGAAGGAAAGCAUAUGUUUUUUGGCUGAAUACAGUGCAGCUAUCAACUGUUUGUUUGAGAUGAGCCAGCUCAAGUUUGCAGGCAUGACAAACACUGAUAUGAAGAAACAAUGUGAAGACUUUGUACGUGUCAUGAAAGACAUUAUGUCACGUCAAACUGUCAAAGACAAACUAGGAGAUAUCAGCAGCUUGGUUGAGUUUGUAUAUUACGGAGGUGAUUCAGCGGAGUCAAAGUCGUUGCUUCAAGCUAUUCAGACGCAAAUCGUCGGCAACAAAGAACACCGUGUGGUUUAUGCUGAUGGCAACAGAGAAACCGAGGCAAUGGACUGUAGUUAAAAUGUACUGAUACUGGAAAAUAGUGACAUAAAUUCUGAAAGUGUCAAACACUUAUAAGAUUGUUUGACAUUUGAUUAUUCAACUAAAGUGUUUGAAGUAUUAAUGUUUUCUUGCUACUUACAAUCAUUGAUUAAUUUUGUGUGCCAAAUUUUUGCGACAAUAUUAAACGUCAGACGUACGAAUUUCAGUAUAGCCUCCAUUAAUUAAUCGUGUAAAGACAUCGACAGAUUCAGAAGUCAUUAUUCAAGAUUCACGGCGUUAAAAUUAAUAGUUAUUUCAAUUACACAAGCAUUUGUUGAGGCAAAAAUCUCUGGAAUAAGACGCGUGUCUGUGAUAUUUUACAAACUCGUUUUUCAUCUUUAUUGUAUGUAGCCACAUCAGCAAAGCUGAAAUGUCCUCAAUCUGGUCCAUUAAAAUUUGCUCAAGUUUCUGAUGUUUAUUUAACUUAUUCUAUUCGAUGUAUAUUGCAUCAUGUCUAUUGUCAUUUAUGUUACGGCAAUAUACUUGUGUUUGAUGAUUAAAGUAUAAAAUGACGUCUACUGCAUUUGGUUGUAUCAAAAUUUAUAAUGAUUUUGACGACGUUGCUUUUGAUAUUGUCAAACCACACAAGCUGAAUCUAUUGUUUUUGGUUUUGUCAAGCUUUACUGAUUUUGAUAAUUAUUGUAUGUCCUUUAGAAAUAUCAUCAGAAUAAGCUUUAAAUCAAUGAUGAAAUCACUCACUAUUUUUGUCAUUCAAGUCGAAUAACGGCUCACCGACUGAACAUUUACAUACAUAAAUAUUUAAACUAACAGUGUAAUAUAAAAUACAUAAUACCCUU